AUGAAGUGGUCCAUGAUCCUCCUCCUUGCGUAUGAGGCCGCUGCCCUUCCCGCGUUCGUCACGGUCUUUGCAGGCCCAUUUGCGGACGCGUACGGCGGCACCACACCGACCGCCACAAUCCUCGGUGUCGACGACGCAGGGCACACGACCUACGCACUCGACAUCGCAGGAACUCUUUUUGUGCCAACGGGCAGCGACUCCCCGGCCUCGCCCGGGCCCUCUCGGGCCGUGGCGACCCUACCUGGCACGCUGGUUGCGGGUGCGGACUACGUCUCCAGGGCGCUGUCUGGCGUUGUUUCCGUCACAGGCUGGGCGGGCCCGGGCGUUGUUUACGUGAACGGCGGCGGGGCGUGCACGCGCAGUCACGGUGCAGAUAACAUCAUUUGCGACGUCCCGGGCCUACGAGGACUGGCAGAUACAACGACGGUGACGAUCGCGGCCAGUGCAUAUCCGCAGGUGUCACAAGUAUUGGAUGUCGUCGGCGGGAAAAGUAAUGCGGCGGCGGCGAAGGCAGGCGUGAGCGCUGUGGCCGUCGGCGCUGUGGUGGUCCUUUUGUCAGCGAUACUGUGUUGA